GCACCUGUUCCCUCUGCUCUCUGACCCCUUCGGGCUGGUAGCUACUUCCGCACCCUCGCGAGCGCAAGCAGAGUGUACAGCGCAGAAGUAAGACAUAUCCAUGUCGACUCCCCAUUCCCCAGCAUGGAGGCAUACCAAAACCUUCCCAUACGCGACGCAAGAGCGCACGGGCAAUGAACCGUCAUUGCGAGAACGGCGAGGAUUGGACGCUCUUCCCUCUCCGCGUCCGCCAUUCUCCUACAGCCGUUCCGCCAACACAACUCCUCGGAGCGCACAUCACGAUUUGCACACCAGCGCCAGUUCAACGUCAAUACGGCCUCCCCAGUCUCCAGCCCCCAGCCUCACCCCCAGCAUGGCCAGCCUCACGCCGAGCCAAGCUCCCAGCUUUACGCCGAGCUUCACUCCAAGCUUCGCUCAAAGCACCGACUCGCGGCGGGGCUUAUUCCGACGCACUCACCGUGUAUCGACCUCCAUCUCACCCCCAACAUCGAUUUCUAUCUCACAGACACAGUGGCAACCCGCCAUGCCCUCGGCUAUACUGAGCGGGGAAGAUCAGCGUCCUGCGGCUGCACCUCGUUCGGUCUCAGACUCUGUCAUGCCCACGCUUCAGCUAAAGCCUAAACUUCAGCGUAAGAAGUCGAACGCCUCGCUUCUCUAUCAAGGUCUUGGACGUGGCUUGUCACGCCCGGCCUGCCUCGCCAGGGACACCCAGAAUCUCGAGCGCAGCAACAUCAGCUUCGCCCGUGAAGACGGAAUCGUCUGCGUCCAUAAGUCCUUCCAAGGGCGCAACGCCCCCCAGCAAAGGAUCGUCGUCGCCCCAAGCUCGGACCGCAACCCCAGGGCGCACAACUUCUCCUGUGUCCGCUUCCUCGGCGCGAAUUCCAUCGUCGAAACUGACUGUCCCGGUACAGCAACCACGGGGAAGAGGCCGCGGAAGAGCCUCCAACAGCACAGCUCCACCGGUAGCGAACCGCCGAAGUCUCAGCGCACCUCAAGGAGCCACCGUCAAGCGCUCGGCGAGUCUUUUGGGCAAGCUCCUGGACGACAUAGACUCGAAGAGCUCGAGGCCAUCGAGGCAGAUUUCUCGGGCGGAGCCGCUGUUUCCUCUCGCCGGAGAGAACGAGGAAGAGCUGCAGCGACGUCUCUCGGAUGACCUGCGCGGCUUUCACGAUAUUUCGAUUCCAGGUGAAGAUGGGUGGGCUGCCAGCAUUUUGGCCGCUUGGGACAGGGACAACA